AUGGCUAGUCUCAAGAAUAUCAUGAACACCGACGAUGAACACGUCGAUUCAAGUUCCGGAAUCCGUUCCGUCGGUUCGACUUCAAGACCACCCUCUACCCACAGCCAUGCUACUACAUUAAAACAUCCACCACCCCCUUCCUCCCACAACAGCAGGUCUGAUAAUCCUGUCUCAUCCAUGACAUCUUGUCUCGAUGAUCACCCAUCGUCACCAAAGCCCAAUAUCAACAUGACUAGCCGACGCCGUAGCAACGCAAGUGUCGACUCCAACGAAUUCUCCUACCAGCCUGGCCCAUCAUCUCACACUCCCAUGAGGCCCUUCACCGGAGCAGCCACUGGAGAGGCACACGUAAAGUUGACUCCUAUAACCAGAAAGAUCAGUAAGGCGAAGAAAGGUGUCCCGGUUCACACAUGCAACCAAUGCCCCAAGACCUUCUCUCGGGCAGAGCACUUGAGACGUCAUCAACUCAGUCAUUCAGCUCCUGAUCUAUUCUGCCCGGUCGAAAACUGUAACAAGACUUUCCAUCGCAAGGACCUCCUCGACCGUCAUGUCCAAAGACACCCGAAAACACCUAACCUGCCUCCUGCAGACUCUGUCCCAGAAUCAGGACUCAAGAUGCCGGAAGUCUAUAGACACCCUCGAGCAGUAACCGCAAGCAGCAGCUCGAACAUGGUUGGCUCAUGGCCAUCAGUGGUAUCGACAUCUGCACCUCAUCAGGCCUACAAUCCGCCGCCAACCGUCAACAAUUCCUCAGACAACUACCCCAUCGGGCCAAACAACUAUGUACUCCAUACACUGCCAACGAACGAAAGUUUUGUAACAAGCUAUUCGGAACCACGAAACAUGUCCGACAUGUCUCUCAUAUCAUCCAUUCCUGAGGAAGCACCCCCUGAUCUAGGCUGGCCUGAAAGCUCAAUGUCUUCAUCAGCCCCUACAAGCACAUUCUCGACUCCUCCGGAUAACACCAGGCGCUCACAGUUCUCCGUGCCAACAACGAACGGUUCUUGGAUGACUGCGACUCCAACUUACCCAACUACUGCAAAUGACAUCACUGCCAGUCUGGACAGCAACACAUACCCUGGCUCGUAUUCAUAUACCGACACUCCGCCACAAGCAUAUCCUUCUGUCUUUGGCGAUAUGGAUCUUGCAUUACCUGGAUACUCCGAAGGCCCUUCUUUCAGCACUACCAACCAGAUCCCUAUUCCUACAGUUCGUAGCAUGUCCCCCUCAUUAGCUGUCGCUCAAUCUGAGACUUUAGUAGCUGUCCCCUCGCUGCCAGCAUCAGAUGGAGUUUUCGGAUUGGGGGCAUGUAGCUCUGGGCCUUCGGAUGGUAGCUUAUUGAGUACUCCUGAUCUGAUGCCCCUAUCUCUCCCUACAGCAACGAGAGACUCAAUUCCGACAUACUUAGAAACUUACUGGGAGCAUGUCCAUCCCAAGAACCCCAUCAUACAUAAGCACACUUACGAGGAUGUACCCGCGGAGGAGACAGAGCAUGUGCAGGUGCUCCAAUGCGCCAUGGCUGCUCUGGCCACACAAUAUAUCCCCAACGCAGAAGACCGCAUGAAGGGAGCUCAGCUUCAUGCAUACGCCUGGCAAAAGUCAAAAGUGCUGAAAAGUGGUCAAUACCAGUACAGCAAACUAUUGCACUCUGCGAGUAUUAUGCUCGGUUUCGUGGCAGAAAGCCACACUCACAUCAGCCCUCUGCCCGGUUCACUGCACUUUACCACAGGGUUUUCAAUCAUCACCAUGAAUCUUCUUCCGGCUCUUCAACCCAAGGUCAGUCGGCUUGGAAGAUCUGGGUUGCUGCAGAAACUCAACGACGACUGCUGGCUGCCUGCUUCCUCCUGGAUGUCCACAGUUCACGGUAUCAUCAACGACCACACUCUUCCUAUUCCACUCACAGCAACAACAACGAAAUCCUGGGAAGCACAUGAUCCCCAAACAUGGACACGACUACGGACAAGAAAGGACCCAAAAACCAUCUCAAGCAUCAACAUCAGGACACUCUCUGCCACUGAUGUAGCAUCUCUGCCUGCCUUUGACGCGGCAAUCUUGCUUGCAGCAUGUUCAUUAUUUAUUUCGCGUCGUCAGAACCCAGCACACGUUGGCCUGAUGGAUGGUGCACUGAACUUUGAGUCGGAGAGAAUGCUUAUGUUAAGAGUAUUUCCUGACUCGGCAGUUGUCAGCACCUACCUCGCCCUUCACUACACACCUCUUUACUACCUAUUAUCAGUGUCUGGGCAGAGCUGGGUCUUCAACAAGAAGGUGACGGACUUCAAUGUCUUUGUGGAACACCAGAGGUUACUAGGCGAAUGGUGCAAAUCUAGCACAGCUGCGAUCGCCACGGUUUUUGCUGCCCGUGCUUUGAACAUGUUCCUUAAUCUCAAGACUUCAUCCGGUCAGGAAGAAGACAGAAAAGGAAAAUCCAGUCAGCAACAAGCAGUACAUUGGACAGAUAUUUCGGACUACUGGGGUGCUUACGUUUGCUCGUUGAUCUGUUGGGCCUUUGGUAUUGAGGAUAAACAGGACAGGGAUAAUACCAAAAAUUUGCCAAAAGCUCCAAAGCAGUGGAUCUUGACAGUUGCGGAUCUGGAGCCGUCUGAGUUGCAAGCUCAGAAUCACCGCAAUGGGGCUCAAAAGGUUGACGGAGUUGAGCGAUCAAAAGAGGUGUGGAUUUGGGAGUGA